AUGCUCAUCCUCGUUUUCCUGCUCUUCUCCAGCGUGGACCUCCGCCAAAUAAGCGGAGCAACGACGGACACGCUCACCUUGGGCCAGUCUCUCCCAUGGAACGAGACGCUGGUCUCCAAGGGCGGCAACUUCGAGCUCGGCCUCUUCUCCCCGGGCAAGUCCAAGAAGCACUACAUCGGCAUCUGGUUCAGGAAGGUCUCCAAGCAAACGGUCGUGUGGGUGGCGAACCGUGACCGCCCGAUCCUUGAGCCGUCGGCCUCUCGCUUCACGCUGAGCGACCGCGGCGAGCUCCUCCUCCACGCGACGCCAUCCAACACCCUGCUGUGGUCGUCCAACGCGUCCUCCCCGUCGCCGCCGCGCACCACCGUCGCCACGCUCCAGGAUGACGGCAACCUCGUGGUGCGGAGCAACGCGUCGGCGUCGUCGUCCGUGGCGUGGCAGAGCUUCGACCACCCCACGGACACGUGGCUCCCCGGGGCUAGGCUCGGCUACGACAGGGCCCGCGGCGUGCACAGCUUCCUGACGUCGUGGACCGACUCGGAGAACCCGGCGCCCGCCACCUUCUCCAUGGAGAUCGACCAGCGCGGGCAGGCCAAGUUUGACCUGCUCGCCGGCGGCACGCACCAGUACUGGACGACCGGCGUGUGGGACGGCGAGGUCUUCGAGAACGUGCCGGAGAUGCGGUCGGGCUACUUCGACGGCGUCCCGUACGCACCCAACGCCAGCGUGAACUUCUUCAGCUACAAGAACCGGGUACCGGGCAUCGGCAACUUCGUGCUGGAAGUGAACGGGCAGAUGCAGCGGCGGCAGUGGAGCCCGGAGGCAGGGAAGUGGAUCCUCUUCUGCUCCGAGCCCCACGACGGGUGCGACGUCUACGGCUCCUGCGGGCCCUUCGGUGUGUGCCGCAACACCUCCAGCGCCAUGUGCGAGUGUCCCGCGGCCUUUGCGCCGCGGUCGCGGGGGGAGUGGAAACUGGGGAACACGGCCUCAGGGUGCGUGAGGCGGACCAAACUGGAUUGUCCCAACGACGGCUUCCUGAAGCUGCCGUACGCCGUGGAGCUUCCGGGAGGCUCGGCAGAGGCGGCCGGAGCCCGGAGCGACAAGACGUGUGCUCUCUCCUGCCUGCGAGACUGCUCCUGCACUGCCUACGCCUACGACGCAGCGAAGUGCUUGGUGUGGAAGGGCGAGCUCGUCAACCUGAAGACACUCCCUGGCGAUCAAGGCAUCGCGGGGGCUGUUGUUCUUCACGUCCGUGUCGCAGCCUCGGAGGUGCCACCGCCUGCGGCGCAUCAUUCUUGGAGGAAGUCAAUGGUGAUCAUUAGCAGCUCAGUGUCUGCCGUGGUCCUACUCCUGGCGGGCCUCAUAAUCGUUGUCGCGGUGGCGGUGGUUUUGCGGAAGCGGCGAGGGAAGGGCAAGGCUGCACGAGGGGACGUGGUCGGCCUGCUAGACGAGAAGAUCGACGGUGAUGCCAACGUGAAGGAGCUCGAGAGGGUCUGCAAGGUAGCGUGCUGGUGCAUCCAGGAUGAAGAAGGCGACCGGCCAACCAUGGGGCUCGUCGUGCAGCAGCUGGAAGGUGUUGUUGAUGUCGGGCUGCCGCCGAUCCCGUCACGGCUUCACAUGCUGGCGAUGAUGAAUAACGGUAGCAAAUUAGACACAGCAGUGUAA